AUGGCCCAGAUCCCUACGCCGCCAGCCUCACGGUCGGCCUCGGAGUCUCCAAAUGAAUCGCAGAAGCCCGAGACUGCCUCUUCAGAGCUCCUGCAAUCCCUCGACACCCUGCUCGAGAAAUACUUGCAUCUGUUGGAUCGACAGCAGGAGCUACAGUCGGGCCUUGCCAAACAAUUGUCCUCAGGCUUCCUUGCUCUCGCCCAUGCAAACUACACUUGUCCCCCCGGUCGGCGGUAUGGCGCAGACUAUUACGAUGAGCGGAUGAAGGCGACGCGAAAGAUAGCUGUGCGAAUGGGAAAACAUACCGAAGCAGAGUCUAAAGAAGACUCGACGCAAGACUCGCCAGACAGCUGGAAUUGCUCCGAGUUGAACUACAAUUUCUCCCUGGAGGGUGCACCCAGCCCUCCGCCGGAAUCAUCAACAAAAGAGAAGAAAGCCGAUUCAGUCGCUGCCGAAGAGUCUGAAGAUGCAUCAUCCUCGCACCCCGACACGGCCACAGCUUCGAGCACAGAAGAUGAACACUCGUCGAACUCUGAAACAGCGGUGCCAGCUCCCAAGUCUGCCCGCAAGAAAUUUCGUUCCUCAGAUCCCAUCCAUUGGUAUGGGAUUUUGACCCCGUUGUCUCUUCGCAAUGCGCAGACAUCAUUCACGGGUGCCGUGGAGACCCAGGUGCCAGGGCUGGCGGCGGUAGUUGUCGAGAUGCGCGCUGUGGAGGACGAGAUUAGCCAGUUACGGAAAAAGCUGGGAGUCGAGGACCACAGUUAG